AGCCGGAGUCCAAGCGGAGGCGGUGGCCACAGCCAGCGCCCCGGGCUGCUGCCCCACCAGCCAGGGAACGCGGGGCCUCCUGCCUGCUGGUAGCCCCAGCGGCGAGGCGAGCUGAGCAGAGCCCUGCCUGCGGAGCCAGCCAGCCUGCCCGGCAGACAGCGAGCGAGCAAGGGAGCGAGCGCGUGCAGCGCCCGGUGCGGAGCAUCCCCGCGGAGCGCCGAGCGUGGCCAGCACCCCCAGCAGCCACCCGCCCGCCGCCCCCAUGGGGCCAAGGAGACUUUGAAGGAGUUUGGGGCUCGUUUCGGGAGCAGGGAAGCCACCGGUACGAGGCCACGCGGCGUUCCUUCCUCCGCGCCCAGGCUCCGGGUGCCGUAUUUCCUCGGGGUGCCUGCUGCGCUGGCGAGCUCCCCAGCAUCGGCCUGUCCUUGAUGGGAAACCAACUGGACCGGAUCACGCACCUGAGCUACAGCGAGCUGCCCACCGGGGACCCGUCGGGCAUCGAGCAGGACGAGCUGCGGGUCGGGGUAGCCUACUUCUUCUCGGAUGAGGAGGAGGACGUAGACGAGAGAGGCCAGCCCGACAAGUACGGCGUCAAGGGUCCCCCAGGCAGUGGCUGCAGCGGCGGGGGCGGCGGGGGCGACGGCGACGGCGACGGCGGGGGCAGCCCGGGCCCUGGGACGCCCACCCAUCACCCGCACCACCUGGUGCACCAGCUGGUGCUCCACGAAGCUCAGUGCUCCGCCUUCCGCGGGCCCGAAUGUAUCUUCUCCAAGGGAGGCGGCGGCGCCGGCGGGGGCGCCGGGGACCUGGGGGUCUACGCCGUGAGCGCCCUGCCUGCCCUCUGCCAGCCGGGAGACCUGGUGGAGUUGCUGUGGCUGAGGUCGCCCGCAGCCGCCGCGGCAGGGGAGCUCCCGGGAUCUGCGCCGCCGCCGCCGCCGCCGCCACACUGGGCUGUUUACGUGGGCGGCGGCCAGGUUAUCCACCUGCACCGGGGCGAGAUCCGCCAGGACAGCUUGUACGAGGCGGGCGCUGCCAACGUGGGCAGGGUGGUGAGUAACUGGUACCGCUACCGGCCCCUGGUGGCCGAGCUGGUGGUGCAGAACGCCUGCGGCCACCUGGGCCUCAAGAGCCCCGACGUAUGCUGGACCAACUCGGAGAGCUUCGCCGCCUGGUGCCGCUUCGGCAAACGCGAGUUCAAGGCCGGCGGCGAGUUGCCCGCGGGCAGCCAGCCCCCUCAGCUACAGUACUAUCUCAAGGUGCACCUGGGGGACGGCAAGGUGCACACGGCCAGGUUCCACAGCCUGGAGGACCUCAUCCGAGAGAAGCGGCGAGUGGACGCCGGCGGCACGCUCAGGGUCAUCCAGGAGCUGGCAGCCCUGGUCGAUGCUAAGGAGUAGCCUGGGGAACCACCGCCCCUGCUGCCUUGUCCGUCCUUCUGCCCUUCCUUCCCCCCUCCCUGCCCUCCUUUCCCCUUCCAGCUCCAGCUCCGUGGAAAACUCCUUCGAGACUCAACUGGACCCCUCCCCAUCCCGGACGGCCCCUCACAUUGCUGGGGACGGGCAGCUGUGGGGUCUGAGGCUCCUCAGACAUUUAGAGCCUUUGGGGAAAUCGCCAAGGUAGAAGGAGCCUGCUGGGGGAGAAGGGAGAAGAGCUGGGGGUCUCCCUCCCCCUGGCCCCCGAAACCAGCAGUCCUGGCCUUAGGGAGGGGGACCCUCUCCCAAAUGUAGGGACCAAUAGCUUGUGGGGAGGGCAAGAAGGCAGGGCUCCAGGCGCCUGCCCUUUGCAGUUGGAGGGACCAGGGUGAAAAGUUACUGGAUAAUCUGGCUGCUGCUGGUUUCACCUUUCUGAGUGGGCCCGGAGCUCCAGUGGCCUCAGGAACUGCAUUUCUCUCAGAACCUACGCGGAGGGUAAUGGAGAGAAGGGAGUCGCGAGGAGGCUGAAGAACUUCCGAGAGCCAGUCUUUCCUGGGCAUCUGGGUGGGCCCCCAGGUUUUCUUUAAGAAAGAAAUGCUCCCACUCUCCUGAGCGCCUGGGAAUAAUUCACAACAGUUUGAGGGCCUAAGUAAGCGCAGGCCUGGUUAUUCCAACUCUGCCCUGGCCCUGUGGCCUCAGACCUCACUGGCUUCUCAGCCUGCUGUUCCUGCAGAGUAUCGACCACCCCCAGAAUUCCUGGGUGCUCACCUGGUGGCUGUGAACUGAGGGGGCUGCUCCGCCUCCCCUCCCCCUCGGGCCUGGGCACAUACAGCCAGGUAGGCAAGAUCCUGUCCCCUCCCUGCCCCCGGGAAAGGCAGAGGGUGACCCCUCCUGGCAAACCUUGUAAGAGCAGAUCUAUCCCCUCCCUCCUGGCUCUGUUUCCAACCCUGCCCAUUUGGAUGGAGGGAGGGAAGUAGCAAUUGCCCAGGCAGCAGUCGGGAAACCAGCAGAUUCUACCAGGGAACCUGGGUUUGACUUUGCUAAAACAUCUGAGUCACGGGGACAUGGGCAAAGUCGAGAGGAGAAAAGAAAAGAAAAGACAGCGCAAGAACAAUUUUCCAAUUAUGUCAACAGUCAAUGGCGUUGAUGGUUUCUUGAAGCAUUUUAGCUGACCUGCUAAUAAAAUUUCAAAUUGAAAUUUGUAUUUUCAUGGCUUUACUCCAUGAUGGUUUAAAUAACCAGGGGCCAUAAAGAGUGGCUUUGGAGCUAAGAGAUUAGCUCACCUCGCCUUUCACUCCAUUUUUUUCUCAACUCUUCAGAGAAUUGCUUUUUGAAUACAGUUGUUUUCUUUUUGGCUUUUGUCCACAGCCCCAGGAUAGGGGAGGGCUCUGAUCAGUGGGCGGCUUGGGCUGUAUCUCCUUCUUUUCCCAGUUGUUUUUUUUUUUUUAAGUCAGUUUAGGGAAAAUGGCAGUAGGUUUCCCUUUCCUUUGGCUGUUUUCAGUUGUCUUUCCAUUCGAUUUUUAAUCUCCCCCUUCUAUGUCCCCCCCCCCAGGCAUUCAGAGUGGGCUGCUCUUUCUUUCAGCUAGCAUCACUGCCCUCUCCCUGAGAAAAAGAGAUUGAGAGACAGAAGGGAGAACAGCAAGUGGGCUGGGGCCAGGUCUUGUUCCAGGAAUCCAGGUGGGGUGUGGGUUUGCAGCUUCCCCCCCAAUGUCCCUGCACUACCAGUCUGACUGGCUCUGACUCACACUGUACAAGAAACACCCCCAGUAUCUCCUGCCCUCACCAAAGAAUCUGUCACCAAAAUAAAACUGGGGUGUGUUGGACCCAUUGUGGCCGUCGAUGACAAAUCAGGUUGACAGCUUUGAUUGGACCAGACAGCAAACAGCCAGGUUGUUGGCCUGGGGUCAGAAGUGCUUAAUAGAUGCUUAAAUGGCAAGAUUUCAAGGAGAGAGAGGAAACUGAGGGUUGCUGGGAAUGGGGACAUCUUCACCCCAGCCUUCGUUUUUGCUCAUUUUUUUCUAUUGGUUUUUCUGCUGAGUUUCUCUUGUCUAAUCCUAAUUCUCAGGAUCAAAAAGUCAGAGCACUGUGAUAGGUGCUCCUCGUUGCCCUGUUGCUUACCCUUCCUUGAUGAGGCCAUUUCUAAACCAGGAGAGUGCUUAUGCCUUUGCUUAAGAGAGAGAGAGUGGGGGGAAAGCCCAUUCGUGUUGACUGAUUUCAGUUUUGCCUGUCUGCAGCCCCCAGAAGGUUCAUUUUGUCUUAGCCACUGCCAGCCCCUUUUCCAGUUCCAGGAGGACAUAUACUAAAGUUCCCGUCCUCCCACGGGUAUCUGCUGCAACCUUGCUGAUACUGCUCUCUGUAUCUUGGCGCCCUACUCUAUUAAAUGCCAUGGGAAAGACCGGCCCUGAGGCUGCCUCCUUGGUUUCCUCCUCUCUGACUUCUCCACCCGGAGGACAGGGGUCCACCUCUCUGACUUUUGACAUGGGCUUUGUUUCAGCUCGAGGCCUGGCUCUUGCCCCAGAGGGGGGCACAGGGGGUGGGCUAUGCUCCAGUUUUCUGUUUGCUGAUCCUAGGUUGGUAAUAAAGAUGUUGGUUUGUCAGAGAA